GGAUUUCUUGUGGAGUUGCGUUCUGCGUGUACAGUCGUUGUCUAAAUGCAAGAUGAUUGUUUGCGAGAUUCACAUUUACAGGGCUGAUCCAAUCAUUGUUGUAACGAAGGAAAGUGCCAAGGGAGCGUAUGUCUGGGGAGAAAUGCUAAAGCAAGUGCCAAUAGCAUAUCCUCGAUCAUUUGGGUUACAAUAUACUAAUCAUGACAACGAGAAGUGUUGGUUGGAUUUGUCAUUGUCAGUUGGAAAGCAGUUAACAGGUUGCACCUGUGAUGACUCAGUUGCAAUGCAGCUUAGAGUUAAAUUUUGGCCACCAGAACCAAGUCUUGUUUCUGAUGAACUUUCCAGAUGCUUGCUUGUGGUUGAGCUGUAUGAACACGUACAAACAGGAAGUUGGACAUGUAGUAAAGAAAGUUUGGCACAGCUUGGAGGAUUGACUUUGCAAAGUCAAUUUGGAAAUUACAGCAUGGCUCGUCAUCAGCCAGGAUACUCAAGGAGGUUUUGCUUGAGCAUCUAUCAGACUCCUGAUGUGGAGUAUGAAAUGGAGAUGUUUCAUCGGUCUGAUAAGUGCUUUGGACUUACACCCACUCAGUGUGAUAAACUCAUUCUGGAUUUGUGCAAAAGACUUCCAUUGUAUGGUGUACAUAAAUACUCAGUGAAGGACAGCGAUGACCAUAUUAUUAUCCUAGGAUUGUGUUGUCAGGGUUUGCUAGUUCUUGCUGGCCAAUCGGUGGUUCACAAGUUUUUGUGGACCUCAGUCAAAAAUUCGUUUGUUAAGAAGCAAGUAUUUUAUGUGGAAUUGUUGACUCAAGACCAGCCGCAACAUUCAACACAGAUUGGGUUUCUGUUUGAUCACAAACAGGAAGCAAAGCGGUUUCUACACUUGUUUGUGGAGUUUCAGGCAUACUACAACUGGGCAUUGAGUAUGAAUGAUGAAUCAAAGUCUGCCUAUUUGCCUUUAUCUCAAAGUAGAUCUCGGAAUCAGUUUAGCACGCGUCCAUACAGUGAAAUGGUGGAAUCAAAGGACAUGCAGAGACCUGCUCGCUUUAGCCUUCCAAGCCAAGUAGACCAACCAUUAGAACUAGGUUCAUUGAGACGAAGGGCAGUAUGUGAUGACAGCCAGUAUUGCCUAUCUGUGAAUUCACCUCUCAUGAGACGAUUGCAGACUAGUGACAGUUCGUCUGUGGAAAGUGUUUUGACUGCAAUGCAGCACUCAUCACAACUCACUAGUACUGAAUCUGUACAAAGGAUUUCAGGACGUCAUGGCAAUGAACAACAGAAACUGCAUCGGCCCUUGUCUGAGGAAUUUCUCAGCUCUUGUGAUGAAGUAGAAGAUGAGGGCUAUUCUGGCGAUGUAGGAUUUACUCCUGAUGCCAUUGACAUACCUGAUGUGGACAUACAGCAAAUUAUGGACAAGAUGUCUGCUAGUUUGCAAAAGGCUUGGCAUGGCUUUUAUUUUGUCGCUUGUGAAUUACGAGACACAGAGCGUUCAUAUUGUUCAGAUCUGGAGCUCCUGAAUGUCCAUUUCAGAAGCCUUGUGGUUAAGUCUCAGUUGUUGUCAGCAAGACAAGUUUCUGAGUUGUUCGGAAAUCUGGACGUCAUACAAGAAUUUCACAAGGACUUUCUCAGAGAGCUAGAAAACCGUUUGGAUACUUGGGAGAACCAAGCAGUUGGGUGUUGUAAUUGCGUUGUUGGAGACAUUGUGAAGAAACGAAUGGCUUGUAUGAAAAUGUACACAAACUACGUUACAAAUGAAAGUAAAAUUUAUGAAUUACUGAGUCACUGGCAGCAGAAGAAUUCUGACUUUGCUCGAGUUUGUUCUCAAUUUGAGGAGUUGGACUUGACACGGCGACCGGCAUCUGAAUUGUUUUAUAGGCCUUUCCAGAGGAUGGUUCACUACAAAGAAUUACUUAAGAGGCUGUUGGACAACUGCGACAUUGAGGGAGAAGAUUUCAGUGACAUUGAAGAGGCUCUGGAAGGCAUUGAGAUCGCCUUAGGGCAUGUUAACAAGUCAACUCAGUCAGCAGAGGAUUCUCGUAAGAUGAUUCGUUUGCAGAGAGAACUAGAGGGAAUUGAGAACUUGCUCAAGCCAGGAAGGAGUUUGAUCAAAGAAGGUACUCUGUAUCGAAUAGGAGGAAGACGACCUCAACCUUAUGUCUUUUUUGUGUUUACCGACAUUUUGGUGUAUGCAGUAAAGAAAAGUAAGAUUAGUGGCAGCUAUUUAAUAGCUCGCGGUGUUCUCCCACUUGUUGACAUCAGUGUAGAAGAUGAACUUAAUGAUCUGAUUCCAUCAUUUAGACUAAUAGGAAAGCAGCAGUUGUUUACACUUGCUGCAGAGACAGUACGAGAGAAGUAUAUGUGGAUCAAAGACCUUGAAAGGGCUGCAAAGAUUGCUCAAGAGAAGAAUGAAGAAUCUAAGCCAACAAACACACAGGAAAUCAUUUCUGGGUUACCAUUGCCAUUUACUACUGAUAUUGAAGGAGGGGAAGGGGUUAAUCCAGAAAUGAAGAAACUGCUUAGGUCUCGCAAAUGCUUCAUUUGCAAGAGGAAGUUUCAUUUGUUGAGACGAAAGCAUGUCUGUAAGAAUUGUGGCAAGAUGGUAUGUGGCCAAUGCUUGACCAGCUAUGUUUGUGGAAGUCGAUCAGCUGAACUCCAGUUGGUGUGUGACAGUUGUUACAGACUGAUACAAAAUAAAGUAACGGCCAGCCAAAUAAGGUGUCAGAAUAUUGUCGACAAUGAGUUAGAAAGUUGUUCAUCAUUGGACACCAGUUAUUUGGACAGACCACGUUUACCGACAACUUCUGGAAGUGUUGAUGCUGCUGUUUUGCCUCCAGCUUCACAAGAGAAGAGUCUUUUACCAGGUUUAGAAGAAAUGGAAGAUAUGUUUUGCAAGACCUACAGUUCCAAUACCACUUCAGCUGUAGUUAGUCAUCCUGAUCUAGGAGACGAACGCAAAAUGGGAGUUAGACUGCUCAGUUUACCUAAGAGUAUGAGCUACAGGCAUCGGGCUGCUAAACACGUGCACGAUGAUAACAUUUCAUGGCCACAAACGACGAAACCUAACCAGAAGAAAUCUGUAGAGCAUCGCAAAGCGUUGCUUUCUCUAAAGAAUGGAUCAUUUGCACGUGAUCGUGAAAUGAGUGGCUACUUACUAACCAAAGUGAAGAAUGAAGGAGGCUGGAAGCGGUUUUGGGUGGUCAUAUCAGGUUGCUGUCUCAAUCUCUGUAGAAGUCACAAUGAUUGCAAAACACUGAGUUGUCUUUUGCUGCCACAGUGUGAGCUGUCUUUGCCGAACAAAACUGACUUGGAUGUUCUCGGAUACACGUUUGUCUUCAAGCUAACAUGUGGGCAACGAGUUCUUUACUACAUGGCAAACAGCAAGUUUGUGUUGGACAGAUGGACGGAGUUGAUGUGUGGUAUAGUUAGUAGGUCGUUUGUUUAUCGUCACCUCAGUCGUCUUGCUGUUCAUAGUUCUCCAGAGGUCAGCAAGCGUUGCUACACAGUGUCAUGAUUGAGAACAAAUCCUCAAAACCCAGCAAUGUAUGCUGGUGAUAUGAGUAAAUAAAUUUGCCAUUUGGCUUGUUAUGUGUAUUGGUGUGCUGAUAUAUAUUGCUGUACGUGCCAACAGCUCAUUAUCAGAUGCUUGUAGUAGACUCGACUCGGUUUCACUCCAUCUUGGUCAUUCCGCGGAUUGUCGAUAUACGGAGGAGAUAGUGACACUGACAUAGUGGAACGGCAGGGGCGGGAAGGGACUGGCUGGAGUUUACCUAGUAGUCCUACACACAUUGCGGUAUACCUGUCAACAGCUUCGUGUAGACUAGAAUUUUAGUAAUUGUUGUGAUAUUCGUAACCUCACGUUAUUGCAUAAUAUGUACAUGUAAGAUUUAUAUAUUU